AUGAACACCUAUCACCAGCAGCAGCAGCAGCAGCAGCAGCAGCAACUGCAGCAGCAGCAGCAGCAGCAGCAGCAGCAGGAGAAAGAAGAAAUGCAAGAGUUGGUGGUGGAGUUGGUGUCGCUGCUAGGAGCAGCAGAAGCACGCAGCCUGCUGAAGGAGACAGCAGCAGGCGGUGCUGGGGUCGUUCGUCCUGCUGUGUUGCUGCUGCAUCUGCUGCAGCUGCUGCAGCUGCUGCAGCAGCAACAGGGAUCUAUAGAAACGCAGCAAUACAUCGUAGCAGCAGCAACGGCAAGAGAAAUGCUGCUGCUGCUGCUGCAGCUCGUUGAGACAAAUCUAUUAAAUACUCUGCCAGAGGCGGCAAUUGCUGCUGGUUCUGCUACUACGGCUUUGGCGGCAGUUGCUGCUGUUGUUGCUGCUGCUGUUGCUGCUAUUUGCGCGGGUCCUGCUGCUGCUGCAGCAGGCCCUCCGCCUGCAGCAGCAGCGACAGUAGCAGCAGCAGCAGCAGCAGCACUUGUGGCAACAGCUGCAGCAUUUGCUGCAAUACCUGCAACAGCUGCAGCUCUUCAGUUGUUGCUGCAGCAGCAGCAUCACUUGAUCCAGCAUCUGCAGCAGAAGCAGCAGCAGCAGCAACAGCAGUGGCAGCAGCAGCAUUAG